AUGGAAAUAUAUCAAAAGAGAUAUCUUUUGAGAUAUCAAAAGAUCUCUCAUUCAUAUCUUUUGAAUGAGAUAAAAAGCAACAGCGUUGGAAGUGGUUUCUUUCUGCUUGUUUAUCCACAAGGCAGCCAUAUUGGAUUUUAACUUUCAGUUUUUGGGGUUCCUUCAAUUGUGAAACAAAAACUUGAUGUAUGACACAAAAGCAUAAUGUGAUACAAAAUAAAAAUGUUCUGUGGAACGUUCCUCCAUUUACAUGAGAUAUAUAAACUCCUAAAGUAGUUCAUGUUGAUAAAAUUCAUUUUACUACCACUGAUGCUGAAGGGUACAGCUGAAGGACACUUUAGGAUAACAUCAUGGAUCAUUACAUACUGCCAUACUGUCGGUCAAUAGCAUCCCACAUAAACAACAUGCAUGCAACAAAUUCAAAUGGAGCAAUACAUUACAACCAAGCUUCUCUUCAUGUUUUUCCAACACUGAAUCGCAAAUAAUAAAACUUUUUCUCCCAACUCAAACUCCCUCCAAGACCGUCGCCAUGCUGACGUGAUGCUAAAAACCCAGUGACUGUCUCCCCUUCGCUUUGUUAUCAAUGCCCAUUAUUGAUCUUCCCGUCGUUUCCUGUCGGCUAUAGUGUGGCAUCGAUUGGCUUCCAAUGUUGGUGUGCUGCAGGGCAGUCCUGCGCUCUGAGCCAGCCAGGCUGGGAGGUCCGACAUCGACAACAGCAGUCACCCAGCGCUAGCAGGAAGAGCGCUAGUUUCGCCCAAACAUGGAUCCAGAACAAGACACUUUGGAGCGCGACGAAGGAUCCUACCAGUGAUUGUUAAAACAGUCUAAGUUUCUGGAUCAAAUCAGGUGAGGUUUGGGUUUGGCCCCAUGAAGGGCGAGGAUCCAGCCGUCAGGAUGGAGCUGCUCAGCCCGCCGCAGGCAAAGGAACGGGCUCAGAACGUUACAGAGAAGGUCACGCAGGUGCUUUCUUUGGAGUCGGACGUUCUGCCAGAAUACAAACUCCAGGUUCCAGAAACAACAUGGUGGAUCCUGCUCCAUUACAGCCCCUUCAAGGCCUUUUGGGACUGGAUCAUUCUGCUGCUGGUCCUCUACACGGCCGUUUUCACCCCGUACUCAGCCGCCUUCCUGCUGGACGAACACGUCAACCCGCGGCAAAGACGAUGCGGCUACACGUGUAACCCUCUGAACGUGGCCGACCUCAUGGUGGACGUGCUCUUCAUCGUGGACAUAAUCAUCAACUUCCGCACCACGUAUGUGGACCACAAUGACGUCGUCGUCACGCAGCCGAGCCGGGUAGCCACGCAUUACAUCAAGGGCUGGUUUCCGAUUGACAUGCUAGCAGCGACGCCCUUUGACCUUCUCAUUUUCAGAUCUGGGUCUGAUGAGAUGGCAACCUUAACCAGCCUGCUCAAAACGGCUCGGCUGCUGCGGCUGGUCCGCGUGGCCCGAAAGCUGGACCGGUACUCCGAAUACGGCGCCGCCGUCCUCUUCUUGCUCAUGUGCACCUUUGUGCUCAUCGCCCACUGGCUCGCCUGCAUCUGGUACGCCAUCGGCUUCGUGGAGAGGCCGUACACGGAGACCGGCUGGCUGGACAACCUGGCUGAACAGCUGGGGAAGGCGUACAACGAAAGCGACUCCACCUCUGGGCCAUCGGUGAAGGACAAAUACGUGACGGCUCUGUACUUCACCCUGAGCAGUUUGACGAGCGUCGGGUUUGGGAACGUCUCGCCAAACACAAACUCCGAGAAGAUUUUCUCCAUCUGCGUCAUGGUCAUCGGCUCCCUCAUGUAUGCCAGCAUAUUCGGAAACGUGUCGGCGAUCAUCCAGAGGCUUUACUCUGGCACGACUCGCUACCACACCCAAAUGCUGCGGGUCAAAGAGUUCAUCCGCUUCCACCAGAUUCCUGGCAGCCUGCGCCAACGGCUGGAGGAGUACUUCCAGCACGCCUGGUCUUACACCAACGGCAUAGACAUGAAUGCUGUGAGUAAAGCAAAGGUGUUGAAGGGGUUUCCAGAGUCGCUGCAGGCAGACAUCUGCUUGCACCUCAAUCGCUCUCUGCUGCAGAACUGCAAGGCUUUCCAUGGAGGCAGUCAAGCCUGUCUGCGGACGUUAGCUACGAGGAUCAAGACGGUCCACGCUCCUCCAGGGGACACGCUCAUCCACUGUGGAGACUUCCUGGACUCCCUCUUCUUCAUCUCCCGUGGCUCCAUCCAAGUCAUGAGGGAUUACGUUGUUGUGGGUUUAUUAGAAAAGAACGAUAUAUUCGGGGAGCCCAUCCACCUGUACGACGAACCGGGUCGGUCCAAUGCGGACGUGUGCACCAUCACCUACUGCGACCUGCACCGCAUCCCCAGGGAAGACCUGCUAGAUGUGCUUGACAUGUACCCGAGCUUCGCCGACAACUUCUGGAGGAACCUGGAGAUCACCUACGACCUGCGAGACACUGAUCAAAUGGCGCCAGUAAUAACCAAUGAAUCUGGGGAUGACGGUGAAUAUCGGCACAAAGCGCGGCACCGAGUCCACCCCCUGCACUGCAGAAUAAGACCAGAUGGAAUCGACCACGAAGACUCGUUCCCCCACCAGUCCUGCCACUGUUCGCCGCCUCAGGACGGCUGGGACGACGUCUGGAGCUCCUCCUGUUCCCAGUCCAGCGAGGAUCUGGCAAAGCCCCCCACUCACACCACCAGACCGGGCCCCUUCCCCACCGACGACCUCAGACCGGGCCCCUUCCCCACCGACGACCCCAGACCGGGCCCCUUCCCCACCGACGACCCCAGACCGGGCCCCUUCCCCACCGACGACCACAGACCGGGCCCCUUCCCCACUGUGGCCCCACAGCUGCCCCAGAGCGGCGCCUCGGUGGGGAGGGAUGCGGCGCUGAACAAGGGCCACCAAGCUUCAUCGCUGAAUCUGCCGGGAAUGUAUCGAUUCUGGCCAGAUCAACAGCAGCUGUCCAAUCAGGUUUUACGAUCUUCUUCCACCGGAAACCCAAACCCAAACCCGGCUCUGAUCCCAGAGGAAAGGCCCAGUGAGCUCGAGUCGCGACUCGAAGUCCUGCAGUCACAGCUCAACAGGUGUCUUCAGUAUUCUCUGCUUCUUUGGCAGCUCUUUGAGAUGAUUGGUUAA